AUGGCGGGUGUCCAGUACGCCCCCUUCUCCAGUACUGUUGAUCAUGGAUUUUGGCAGCAGCUCACCGACAAGAAACUCAAUGAGUAUGGUCUGGAUGAAAGUUCUAGAGAGAUUUACGGGUUUUUCUCCAAUGAUACAGCACCAGGAAUUUCCCCACAGCUGAUGGUAGACUACUCUGCAUUUAACAGUGAUUGGAAGCCUCCACCUCGUAGUCUGCCUGCACUUGGUUUGCUCUACAACACAAACACAAUCGAGAAAUUCAAAGAGAUCGACAAAAAGGAGCUUCUGAAUGCAGUAGGGAAGCAGAUGUGGGAGGAGCUAAGAGACGGUGUUCUGUUACGGGAGCCGUCAAGACUGAUCAGAUUUAUUUUGCUAACUUUUGCCGACCUGAAGAAAUACCAUUACUACUACUGGUUUGCCUUCCCCGCACUGAAAUUUCCAGAAAAGAGCAACUAUGUUGAAAGUCCAGAGCCAUUACAACAGAAAUUAUCAAAGGAACAGCUGUCAUCUUUGAUAUCAGCGUACGACAAAUACCAAACUAGCAGACCAAGUUAUAGCCCAUUUUUUCUCAUCUGUUGCAAUGAAGACAAUUACAGUGUACAUGAUCUAGCAGAAAUAGAGAAGUUCUUGACAUCUUCGCAGAAGGUUAUAUUUGCUGCUUGUGAUCCCUGCUCAUUUCCAGGCUAUCCAGGCUGGCCAGUCAGAAAUCUGGUCACGCUGCUGACCUACACAUUUGCUGGCAAGCUAGCGACAGUGACUGUCUUGUCUGUCCGAGACCGUACUCAUGCAGGCAAGCGUGACUUUGGCAGCAGUCUUAUCUUCACUGUUGAGAUUCCUAAAUUAGAGGACCUGACAUUGGAAGGUGUUCCAGAUUGUGUGGGCUGGGAGAAGAAUGAGAAGCAGAAGCUGGUGCCAAAACUGGUCAACUUGAGUAGUUCCAUGGACCCAGUCAAACUGGCAGAGUCAGCAGUUGACCUUAACCUGAAACUGAUGCGAUGGCGGCUAUUACCUGACCUUGACCUAGAAAAAAUAUCUGCAACUCGUGGCCUUAUUCUGGGGUCUGGAACUCUGGGGUGUAAUGUAGCCAGGUUGCUGAUGAGCUGGGGCAUACGACAUAUCACUAUGGUAGACAACUCUAAAGUAUCUUACUCCAAUCCAGUUCGGCAAACCUUGUUUACCUUCGACCAUUGUUUGAAUGGGGGACAACCAAAAGCAGAGGCUGCAGCCGCUUCAUUGAAGACCAUUUUUCCUGGAAUGAGAUCUGAAGGUAUCACCUUGUCGAUUCCUAUGCCUGGUCACAUGGUUACAGAUUCACUGUUGCAACAAACGAAAGAUCAAGUGGCAAAGCUUGAGGAGCUGAUCGAUUCCCAUGAUGCAAUUUUUCUACUGAUGGAUACAAGGGAGAGUCGAUGGCUGCCAUCUUUAAUAGCUGCUUCCAAGCAAAAGAUUGUCAUCAACGCAGCACUUGGUUUUGACACAUUUCUUGUCCUGCGACACGGAGUCAAGAACAACCAAGGCCCAGAAACCAGAUCACAAUUACCUGACACGACAAAGGCACCAAUUUCAGGAUGCCAGCUUGGAUGUUACUUCUGUAAUGAUGUUGUUGCUCCUGGCAAUUCCACAAGGGAUCGCACUCUGGACCAACAGUGCACAGUGACCAGGCCUGGUGUGUCUAUGAUGGCUUCAGCUCUGGCUGUUGAGCUUCUGAUUUCAGUGCUUCAGCAUCCCUUAGGAUCCAAUGCUCCUGCUGAUGCAAGUUCUGAUGAUGAUCCCUGGGAUAGAGACUCUGCAUCAUCUUUGGGAAUAGUUCCUCAUCAGAUUCGUGGUUUCCUAUCCCGCUUUCAUCAAAUUUUGCCAGCUAGUCAAGCUUUUGAGAUGUGUACAGCUUGUUCUCACAUGGUGAUACAGAGGUACGAGAAAGAUGGGUUUGACUUCCUGUUGAAAGUUUUCAAUGAGCCUGGAUAUUUGGAAGAUCUUACAGGUCUCUCAGCCAUGCAUGAUGCAACUGCUGAACAUGAGGUUUGGGGGUUCAGCGAUGACGACGAUUUGAACAGUGGACCAGGCAGUUUGGACACCAUGGAAACAUAA